AAACGAUCUGUGUGGACAGAAUGUAACAUCACUGUACCUCGGCACUUGUGACAAUAACAAGCUGAUUUAUUGAUUUCACUCACAGACAGAGAGGUCCUCCUACAGAAAUUCUGCACUGAUGUCACCGUCCAGCUCUCCAGUGGAGAGCGGGAGGAGAGCCGAGAUCGCCAAGUGUCAGGGGGAGAUCGAGAGGCUGCGGGAAGAGCUUGCCAAGAGAUCCCUCUGGAUUUGUGACUCCCCGUGUCCCCCUGCCAGCAGAAGGCUCACCCCUCGCCGUGAUGUUCCCUCAUAUCCCAAGUACACCCUCUCUCCAGAGACCAUCGAGGCACUGAAGAAGCCAACCUUCGACAUCCGGCAGUGGGCUCCCAAUGAGAUGCUGAGUUGUAUCGAGUACAUGUUCCACAGUCUGGGCCUGGUCAACCAGUUUAACAUCAAUGCCAUCACUCUGAAGCGAUGGCUGCUGAGCGUCCAGGAGAACUACAGGGAGAAUCCGUUCCACAACUUCCGCCACUCCUUCUGCGUCACCCAGAUGAUGCAUGGCAUGAUCCAACUGUGUGGGCUGCAGGCCCGGCUGAAACCCAUCGAGAUCUUGAUCCUGAUGACCUCCGCUGUCUGCCAUGACCUGGAUCACCCCGGGCUCAACAACACCUAUAGGAAGGAUAUCAUGAAGCUGGAGAAGAUGGAGGAAAGUUCUGCUCGAGAACAUCUUCCCAACAACACGGUGACCAACACUGAUGGGAUGAUGGAGCUGAUCUUGGCCACAGACAUGGCGAGACACGGGGACAUCAUGGAUGCGUUUGCACAAUGCCUCAACGUGUUCGACGACCAGAACCAGGAACACGUCCGACUGCUGGAACAAGUACUGAUCAAAUGCUGUGACACCUCCAACGAGGUGCGGCCCACCCAGGUCUCUGAGCCCUGGCUCGACUGUUUGUUACAGGAGUACUUCAUGCAGGGAGACCGGGAGAAGUCGGAGGGUUUACCAGUGUCGCCCUUCAUGGACCGGGACCGGGUGUGGAAAUCUCACACACAGAGAGCAUUCAUCACUUCCACCCUCAUGCCCAUGCUCGAGUCCUUGACCAAGCUCUUCCCCCAGCUGGAGGAGGUGAUGCUGCAACCCCUCAGGCUGGCGAGGGAUCGUUACCAGCAGCUCGGAGAGGGGGAGAUGGCGAGACUGGAGGUGCCCUCGGAGCCCACCGUGGCAUCAGUCUCCAUCUGACGGGACAGUGGCAUUUUCCUCUCUUGGGGGUGGGGGUGGGUUGGAGGUUUGGGUAAGGGGGAUGGGAUAGAGAUGGGCAGAGCACACUCUCU